AGCAUAUCAGCACCCUGACACUAAGGAGGCCAUGACACAGAAUUUUGUGGCACAUCCAAUCCUAUCCCAAAUUCAAGAUUUAGUUCGCGAAUCGGUUUUUGCCAGGAGUACGAAAAUGUUUUAGUGAUGUCAGCCAAAUACUUCCAAAAGAAGAUAAAAACACCAAUUAUAGCCAUCACAUCAUUGCUUGGAUUGCUACAUAUUGAUGUCAUGACUUUAGGAAGCAAAGGAAGCAGCAGUUCAACAAGCUGGUUUGAUGAACUAAAUGCUCUUGAGCCUAUAAUGUGCGUUGUCGUAAGUUGCCUUGUGGUGAUUUUACAAUCUUCGUCCAUUCAAAUGAUAGUCUGAUCUCUGUCCACGACAUUGCUCGUCUGCACUAAGCCAAUUAAAAAAAAGCAAUGCCUCUGCAAGCUAAAUUUAAGUUCGGAUCGUCCGAGAAGGUUAGUGUUGUGACCCGGGUCAACUUUUGGCCAACCCGACCUGACUUGGGUCAGCAGGUGCCCAACCCGGGUCAAC